AUGGACUCUCUCUACAGGGGCGGUGCUCGCGCCGGUGGGCACGUUUGCGUUGCGGAUGUAUUAAUGAUUCCAAGCACACGACGUGAACGCAUUGAAAAAGUUUUAAGAAAGGGAAAAAAACUGUGUGACUGGCGCACGAAACAAAAGGGGGAGGAGUGGGGAUUGGAGGAGUGGGAGGAGCAGGAGCAGGGAGCACUAAGGCCUGCGCUGGACAGCAGAAUUCGCGACUGCAGGAGUUCUGCGAAGUGA